GAUAAAUUCCAAAAAUAUUAGCUUUAUUCAAAUUGACUUUCACUUUAUGUUUCUGAAUCUUCAAGGUCCAAAAGCAUUGCUUAAUAAUUCUGUUUCUAAAGUCACAUUGCAGCUCAGGGCAUGCUCUCCCUCCAAGGAAGAGACCAUAAUGUACUCUUGUCUCUAAAUCAUACAGGUAGGUAUCUCAGCAAAUGAUACUCAUGUAUUAUUGUUCUUAUGAGUAAAUCAUUGGCAGUGAGUGUGAUUAUGAAAUGAUAAAUACACGCCCUCUAUUGGGGUCAGGUUUUGUGCCUGUACUUCUUCCGCCUACUGUAUCAUAGCAGCUUAGAAUUCCAGCUGCUGGCUCUGGCUGCAGUUCUCUGAUGGCUCACACACGGUGCAUCAGCCCCGUUCCUUUAUGUCUGUGUCUACUGCUGACCUGUGGUUUUGCUGAGGCAGGGAAGCUGCUGGUAGUGCCCAUGGAUGGGAGCCACUGGUUCACCAUGCAGUCGGUGGUGGAGAAACUUAUCCUCAGGGGGCAUGAGGUGGUCGUAGUCAUGCCAGAGGUGAGUUGGCAGCUGGGAAGAUCACUGAAUUGCACAGUGAAGACUUAUUCAACCUCAUACACUCUGGAGGAUCUGGACCGGGAGUUCAUGGCUUUUGCCCAGGCUCAGUGGAAAGCACAAAUACAAAGUAUAUUUUCUCUGGUAAUGAGUUCAUCCACUGGUUUUUUUGAUUUACUUUUUUCACAUUGCAGGAGUUUGUUUAAUGACCAAAAGUUAGUAGAAUAUUUAAAGGAGAGUUCUUUUGAUGCGGUGUUUCUGGAUCCUUUUGAUGUCUGUGGCUUAAUUGUUGCCAAAUAUUUCUCCCUCCCCUCUGUGGUCUUUGCCAGGGGAAUAUUUUGCCACUAUCUUGAAGAAGGUGCACAGUGCCCUGCUCCUCUUUCCUAUGUACCCAGAGAACUCUUAGGGUUCUCAGAUGCCAUGACUUUCAAGGAGAGAGUACGGAACCAUGUCAUGCACUUGGAGGAACAUUUAUUUUGCAAGUAUUUUUUCAAAAGUGCCCUAGAAAUCGCCUCUGAAAUUCUCCAAACACCUGUCACGGAAUAUGAUCUCUACAACCAUACAUCAAUUUGGUUGUUGCGAACGGACUUUGUUUUGGACCCUCCCAAACCCGUGAUGCCCAACAUGGUCUUCAUUGGUGGUAUCAACUGCCAUCAGGGAAAGCCAGUGCCUAAGGUAAGUCAUUGCUCCUUUAGCACAUUAAAAGUAUUCUGGCUUCGAAUAUUUAAAAAGAUUCUUUACUGAACUGGGAUUCGACAUUUGUUUGUUGCGUCUAAAAUUUCUUUUCUGUGUAAAAAAUUAUUUUGUGCCACGCAUAUGCUUGUUGGUUAGCAACUUUGAUAUAACGGCCUCGUUAAUAUGUAUGUAUAUACAAUUAGUUAAUUGUUUAUAAUUUCCACUGCAUUUUUUUUUUUU